UCUGGAGCAGUAAAUAUCAUUACAGAGAGAGAGAGAGUUUUGAGAGAGAAUUGGAGCACCUCUCUCUAUCUACAUCCGCACAGAUUUUGCAAGCAUCGUCUCUUUAUGCAUUGUAUUUUUUCUGUGUAGACAUUUACCUGUCGCUGUUACAAAUGAAGGGAUUUAUGCUUUCGGUGAUUGAUUGAGAAGUCUUAUCUUAGCACAGAAACUCAACUCUCAUGUCACUUCAGCUAAAUUUUUCUUAAUGAGUAGUGAAAAGGGAGGGUUGAAAUUUCUUGAGUUGUUAUAGAUAUCUGAGCAUUCUGGCAUUCCAAUAAUUAAGGUUGGAGGAGAAAAGGUGCUGUCUUGGUUUGAAUCUUUCUGUGCCAAAUUUCAAGAUUUAGGCCAAAAUUUGACCUGUCUUGAUUUGAAAGGAGGGUAUGUUUGUAAUGUGGAGGUGAAAAAAGGGAAGUGGUUGUAUUUGCUGUGUCGUUUAUGGUGUAGCCAGGGAUCAAUCAUGUGCCAAACAGUGGAGUCUUCAGCUUGAAAAGAACUCUCCCUGCAGAUCCAUUCACAUAGCUGUCUUGAUGAGUAGAGAGUUGAAGAAAGGGGAAAAGGGUUCUGCCAUGGCUGAGAAGGUUGUGGUGGCUGUGAAGGCAGCUAGAGAGAUUCCCAAGACUGCUCUGGUUUGGGCUCUGACUCAUGUUGUUCAGCCUGGGGAUUGCAUCACUCUUCUUGUGGUCAUAUCUUCACACAGUUCUGGUAGGAAGCUAUGGGGCUUUCCGAGAUUCGCUGGAGAUUGUGCAAGUGGUCACAGGAGAUCAAACUCUGGUACAAAUGCAGAGCUGAACUCUGAUAUUACAGACUAUUGCUCUCAAAUGAUUCUUCAGCUUCAUGAUGUUUAUGAUCCAAAUAAAAUCAAUGUGAAGAUAAAGCUCGUCUCUGGGACGCCAUGUGGAGCAGUCGCUGCAGAGGCGAAGAAAAACCACGCGAAUUGGGUCGUUUUGGACAAACAUCUGAAAAACGAGGAAAAGCGUUGUAUGGAGGAACUGCAAUGCAACAUUGUUGUCAUGAAGCGUUCGCAGCCAAAGGUACUACGGCUGAAUUUAGUCGGGGCAGCUAGAAAGGAGCCAGAAACAGUCAGCUCGGACGAUAACAAGUCUUCGGACAAGCAAGAGAUCAGAAAGGAUUGCCUGAAUCCCACUCGUGGACCUCUCGUUACCCCUUCGAGUAGCCCUGAGACGUUCACCGCCACUGAAGCUGGAACGUCGUCAGUCUCAAGCUCUGACCCCGGAACUUCGCCUUUCUUCAUUGCUGACGCGAAGGAGUGCCUUAAGAAAGAGAAGCUGCUCGUUACUAAACAAGAACGACGAGAGAUCGAUGAGUCCAGUUCGGAUUCUGAAAGUGAGACUCUCUCUUCAACUUCAAGUUUGAGGUUUCAGCCGUGGAUGGCUGAUAUCGUCAGUUCGCGCUGUCAGUCCAUGGAUCAUCUCGGAGAAAGUGCUCGUAUGCAGACUCCUGCCACCAAAGCUCUGCUUGGUAAGCUGUGUAAGCACGACGAUGAGGCUGGCUAUCGAUCCCCAAGCUACCUGUCUAGCCUUGACUUCAGUGGCAGCUUGCGAGAAGCUAUCUCGUUUUCAAGAUCAGCUCCACUCGGGCCUCCACCGUUGUGUUCCAUAUGCCAACACAAGACGCCCGUAUUUGGGAAGCCUCCGAGGUGGUUCACUUAUGCAGAACUGGAGCAUGCAACGGGAGGGUUUUCGCAAGCGAACUUUUUGGCUGAGGGCGGUUAUGGAUCUGUCCAUAGAGGAGUCCUCCCCGAUGGCCAGACCAUCGCGGUCAAGCAGCACAAGCUGGCAAGCUCCCAAGGCGAUCAAGAGUUCUGCUCGGAAGUUGAGGUGCUGAGCUGCGCUCAGCACCGGAAUGUUGUUAUGUUGAUUGGCUUCUGCAUUGAGGACGGGAGAAGAUUAUUGGUGUAUGAAUACAUCUGCAACGGAUCCCUUGAUUCUCAUCUUUACGGACGCCAUCAAAAGACGCUAGCUUGGAAUGCUCGGCAGAAGGUGGCAGUCGGAGCAGCUCGUGGGUUGCGGUAUCUUCACGAGGAAUGCAGGGUUGGUUGCAUCGUGCACCGAGACAUGCGGCCCAAUAACAUCCUCCUUACUCAUGAUUUUGAACCAUUGGUGGGAGACUUCGGCCUAGCUAGAUGGCAACCCGAUGGGGAGACAGGUGUCGAAACCAGAGUAAUCGGGACUUUCGGGUACUUGGCACCCGAGUAUGCACAGAGUGGACAGAUCACAGAAAAAGCCGACGUCUACUCAUUUGGUGUCGUGCUGGUGGAGCUGGUCACCGGCCGGAAGGCAGUAGACCUCAACAGACCCAAAGGCCAACAGUGCCUCACGGAAUGGGCACGGCCAUUGUUGGAAGCGUACGCUGUCGAUGAGUUGGUGGAUCCGAGGCUGGGAAGCUACGCAGAGAGCGAGGUGUACUGCAUGCUGCAUGCUGCGUCGUUGUGCAUACGACGGGACCCUCAAGAGCGGCCGCGUAUGUCUCAGGUGCUUCGAAUACUGGAAGGAGACGGGAUGGAUUCGGGUCAGCUGAUGACACCGGGGUCGGAGGUGGGGAGCCGGAGCGGGAGGAUGGCGAAUGAUUUGUCCGGGCGAUUUAGCUCGAAUCUAUCUCUCAACUAGAGACAGAGGGCCUUAUGUUAUGCAUCAAGAAGUUGUUUUAAACUGAUGCUGUCAAGAUUUUUGCCUCGUGUAUAGCAAUGGUAGUGUAAAGUUUAUGUUUUCAUUAUUGAGGAAUGGAUACCCUAUUGCUUGGUUAGUAGUAAUAUAUACAUAUGUUGGUUUGACACAA